AUGUAUUUUCCCGAUGAGGUAGUUAGUAUAAAGAAAACAUUGACAGACUCCCAAGCUACUGAUAAUAACUCCUUGGAAGAUCCUCCCCAGCAAGUUGUUUCUACCGCAGGAAGCACUCUUCGAGGAUCAGGUACUAUGUCUGACCGAAUUUACUUUCCCGAUGAGGUGGUUAGUGUAAAGAAAACAUUGACAGACUCCCAAGCCACUGAUAAUAACUCCUUGGAAGUACCUCCCGAGCAAGUUAAUUCUACCGAAGAGAACAUUCUUGUUUGGAAAUCAGAAACAAUAGUAUCAGAUAAUUUGGACGGCCAACGCAUUAUCUUUCCAGACCAGCUAGAGCAUAUAAAGGAUAGAGCAUCUGAGAUCAAAGACAUUGAGACAAGAAUCGAGGAAGAUCCUCCGGAGGAAAAUCUUGGAGUAGAAGUUACGAAUAUGAUAGUUGCGCCCCCUAAUUGCCCCAAAGGGCAACAAAUGGGGGCAGACGGAGUUUGCUUACAAUACGGACUUCCUACAUACGAGUACAAUCAAAUAAUGGCUGACAGCGAUAGUGUAGUAUUCCCCGAUGAGGUAGAAGAGACAAAAACUAAAGUAUCCGAAGAAACUGAAGCUACUGAUACAAACACAAUAGAACAACCUCCAGAGGUAAAGCCGUCGAUAACUAUGAGAAAUAUGAUUGUUGCUCCUUCCAACUGUCCAGCGGGGCAAGAGAAGGAUGCUAACGGCAUUUGCCGCGACGUGUUC